AUGGUCGCCAUCACCCCCUGGGCCGCCGUCUCGUCCUUCACCUACAUCUAUUCCAAAGGCAGCAUCCCACAAACCCGCGACAACGUCCCGCACGCCGCCUUCCGCGCCUACAUCCCACUCCGAAACAUUGGACGGGAGAGGCACACGCACCUUUACCACAUUGUCACCAACUAUGAUGCCCUCGACGAGGUCACAGUCUUCACGCAGGCGGACCCGUUCGAUCUUCUGUCGCCGGCGGUGAAGACAACGGAUGAUAUUGUCCGUAGGGCGUGGAUGGUCGAAGAGGACGAUGUAUCGCCGUUGAACCCGGCCUUGUUUCACGAUGUGGCGGAUUGGGAAUGGGUAGAUUAG